CAAAAAAAGUUGACAGAGAGGAGGAGGGCAAAAAGGUAAUUAUGGGGAAAGGGGGAAAUUGGGUCUGACGCGGUCAUAAUGGGAAGGAGCUUCUUCUUCUCCAAUCAACGACUCCUCUAAUUUGGUAAUCUUUCUUUCUCACUCGACGACGCCGUUUUCUCAUUCAUUCUUCUUCAUCCUUCUCCCCAGGCCAACACCAGAAGAAGAAAUAGGUUAGAGAAAAAAAAAGAAAUCAUCCUCUCUUCAUUUGUUUCAUCUUCUGUCAUAAAUUUUCAACCUUUUCUAUAUACGUUUAAGCUUUUGUUCAUACCCGAUCUCAAAGGAUUUCAGGGUUAAAAAAAAGGACUCGAUUUUCUUUUUUACGCAAAUUCGAAUUUCUAGAACAUUCAAAUGGGAAGCUGCGUCUCUAAGGGCAAAGACGACGAUGAUUCAAUCCAUAACGUCGAGUUUUCCGGUGGCAAUGUUCAUCUCAUAACAACAAAAGAGAGCUGGGACGAGAAAUUAGCAGAAGCUGGUCGUGAUGGCAAAAUAGUGAUUGCAAACUUCAGCGCAACUUGGUGUGGUCCUUGUAAGAUUGUGGCACCGUUUUUCAUCGAGCUCUCAGAGAAACAUCCUUCUCUUAUGUUCCUUCUUGUAGAUGUUGAUGAACUCAGCGAUUUUAGCUCAUCUUGGGACAUAAAGGCAACACCAACGUUCUUCUUCCUAAAGAAUGGACAGCAAAUAGGCAAGCUUGUUGGAGCAAACAAGCCGGAGCUACAGAAGAAGGUUACUUCUAUCGUUGACUCUGUUCCUGAAAGUCCACUACGGCCUUGACGCAGCCUUGUCUUCUUGCGUUUUCUUCACGCUGGAAACUAUCGAAAAGUCUUUGCUCUGAUCAAGGGAUGUAUAAUGCAAGUGUUAUUAAAAAAAAAAAGUCACAAAACCUUUUGAGUUAGAUCAUCCUGUUUCUAUGAUAUGCAUCUUUUCAUUCUCAUUACCAAAUAUGUAUUGAAUCGUCUCUAUCUAAAAUGUGCAAGCAAGAAGCUUCUCUCUGA